AUGAGGACUCCCCAAAUGAAUGAUAUAAAUGAAUGUACCAUUGACAAUGGUGCCUGUCAGAACCAAUGCCGUGAUACGAUUGGCAGUUACUACUGCAAGGGUCGAGCUUGCCAGAAGCUGGAGAAAGAUGGCAGAGGAUGUGAAGAUGUCGAUGAAUGUGUGGUGGUGAAUGGAGGCUGCCAGCAGUGCUAUAUUAACACUCUGGGCACCUUCCACUGUGAAUGUGAUACGGGAUACGGACUCCAUGCUGAUGAACGCACCUGCAUAAAGAUGGAUCCCUGCACAGGUGGGAAUGGAUGUGCCCAUAUCUGUCAGAAUGAGAAUGGUGUGACCAGGUGUGUCUGUUGCCCAGGGUACCAGUUGUCUAACGACAAAAAGGCCUGUGGAGAUAUGAAUAAGCAUGCUGAAGGGCUGGCUCCCUGCAGCCAUCGCUGUGGGAACACAAUAGGUUCUUUCAUUUGUGCCUUCCACCCUGGCUUUGAGCUGGAAGCUGAUGGAAAGCAGAGUUCCAGGUUUGUAUUGGAAAUUGUCAAUAGCUGUGAAAAGAACAAUCAUGGUUGUUCUCAUCAUUGUGAAUGUGUACUUGCAGGGGGGUGGGGGGAUUUUUCCUGCAACCGUAGACACCAGCUUAAUUCAGAUGGGAAAGCAGGCAUAGAUAAUCCUGAUGAAUGUGAGAGUAGAGAAGCCUGCUGUACCCAACUCUGCAUCAGCUAUUUAGGAUGCUAUAAAUGUCGAUGUCAGGAGCGCUUUAUCAGUUCUGAUGGUGGCAGAUAUGAUGAUGUGGUUGAGUGUCUACAUGUCAGCAUAGUCUCUGACCAGCUGUGUAUGAACUCAGUGGGGGCAUAGGAUUAUCCCUAUGGAGAAAGCUGCAGAAUUGGAAGUGAUGGAAAAACUUGCAUGUCCUUAGAUGAUGGUGAGCUGGAAGAAGAAGAAGAAGAAGAAUUAGAAUUUGUAAGGUUUCCAGUCCUUCUAUUCAAGAGCCCACCUCAAUGGCUUCAUGAUGUCUCCACCUCUCUGCCUCCCACCCAUGAAGACAAAGAAGAUGAGGAGGGUGAGGAAACAUGUAUUUGAGGAGAACUGACUGCUUUGAGCAAAACUGGACUGUCAUUCUGGCACUGUUGACAACCACAUCAAGCAGCAUAAAGUUUGCUGGAG